AUGGCAGCAUUUCGACAACCGAUACCGAAGGAGCCAGGGCUGAUUGAUGCACAAUUUCAUGCCAUGAAGCGUGGCUACGAAGAUGUCGGCGCAUUUUCAGGCACGCGCCGGCGUACUGGUGAUCAGGGCCUCCCCAGAGCCAAGUUCGGCCUGAAGGCGCUGCUGCCGGAUGCCUUCGCGAGCUUCUUGCUCAGGGACAAAGGCAGCGCGAAGGAGCAGCUCCAGGAGGAAUCCGGAGCUCGGCUGGUCUUUAGCAACAAGGGGGAUUUCUUCCCCGACACGUUGUUGCGGGUGCUGGCGGUGUUCUCCGACUCGGCAGAGGCUGUCAUGUUAGCCCUAGAUCUGAUACUCGGUAAGAUUGGAGAGUUGGCCGAGGAUGAACGAAGUCGACCGCCUCCAGCUGGCUGCGAGAUGCUCGGCGAGGAAGGCGAAUACAUCUUCCGGCUGAUUCUCCCCCGCGACCUGACGGGGCUCCUCAUCGGCAACCAGGGUGCCAACAUCAAGCAGCUGCGGCGGGAGAGCGGGGCAAAGGCGAAAGCUUCCAUCCAGCAAGUGCUUCCGGGAUACCCCGCAGUGGAGCAAAGUCUGCUGCGAGGUCUGGAGCUGCUUGUUCUUCGGCAGCCGCGGAUGAAUCUCAGCAAGUUUGUCGCCAACAACGGCUUGCAUGAGAGUGAUGAUCCUUCUGAUCUUGACAGUCUUCUUGGCGAAGCUGGUCGAAAGGAAGAGCCGAACGUGUGUCUUGAGAUCGUUUGUCAUCCCAAUUUUGGUCGAUUUGAGGAGCGGGAGCACCGCGAAAACAAGCAGCGCUCAACUGUUUUGCUGAACCUCCUUCUUCAACCACUGUUCCCAGCAUUCGAGACUUUGGUCCAGCACGAAGCCUUUGGACAGAUUCCAGGAAUGCUUGACGAGGCUGCAGGUGUACUCCACUCGGCGGCAUCCACUGGUCUCGCAGAUCACUGCCGGUGCCUUCUUCAAAGUCCGCACUUCCAUGAGGCCGCAUGCCGCAAGGCUUCUCUCUGCACCGCAUUACAUCACGCGGCGAAUGCCGAGAUCCUGCGCAUUCUUCUGCAGUCACCGGCAUUGUCAACAGCAGAGUCUCUGAACGCGCGAGAUCGCUUCGGAUGCACUCUUCUUCACUAUGUGACAAGCGAGGAGAUGUGUCAAGUAGUUCUGGGUCAUCCCAACUUCACUGCAAUCAACAACAGGGAUGCUUCUGGUCAAACUGCUUUACAUUGUGCGAAAAACCCAGGGAUUUGUGCAACCUUGUUGGAACAUGGUGCGGCCUCCUCGCUAAGCGUAGCAGACAGUUUGGGAAGAACCCCGCUGCAUACCCUCUCGCGAAAUCCAAAAGUUUUGGCCGUACUGUUCAGCAGCCGUGCUGGUGAAAACGAUCGUGUCGACUUCGAUAUCAAUGCCCUGGACAAGAGAGGCCGUUCCGCCCUUCACUAUGCCACCUCUGCUGAAGCCUGCGCAGUUUUAUUCCAGGCUGGCUUUGGGGCGAUCAACACCUUGGACGGUUGUGGCAUGUCUGCUCUGCACGCAGCCACAGCCAAGAGCAUCUUGAACUUGGGAGUAGUUCGGGCUGUCAUUGAGCAUCCAGAUUUCUCGCAACUGAAUGCUGUGGCCCAUGCAGACGGCUAUUCUGACACUGCGCUGUCGCGUGCCGCCAGCCUGCGUAACAGCGAGCUGGUACUUGAGCUCCUUCAGCACGGUGGGCACGACUCCCAGUCCCUGCAAAAAGCAGCAGACUUUGCACAAGGCCUAACAGAGGCGGCGAGAGAGAAGCUGCUGGCAGCACUGGAUGAGCAGCUGAAGGCCACAAAGAUUGUCAUUCGGGAUGACACCGUGGCGGGGCACCGAGUCGUCACCCUGAGCGGCGUCCCGGAGAGCCUGGCGGAGGCACUGCGUCGCAUCACGGAGUACAUGCAUCAGGAGUCCGGCUCCGAUGAGUUCCAGCAAUACCUGCGGGUCAUCAACUUCAAUGAUGCUGGAGCUCAUGAAGGAUCUGGAGGUCAGUGGAAUUCCGAUGGGCAAGGCAAGGGUGGCUACCGGCAGCCGCCCCCCGCUGUCCGCAUGGAGUCAAAGGCUUUCACCCAGGCGCCCGAAGGCUUGCAUCUGCUGGGGGAGGACUUGGCCAUGCUACCACGUGGUGCUGCAGAGAUGUCUUACUCUGUGUCCUGUGUGCUGCCAGCACAGCUGGUUCCUGCUUUGAUUGGCAAGGCAGGUGAACUUGUCAGGAGCAUCCAGGAUAGGACUGGCGCCAAGAUCGACAUCUCUCGCGAUUCCAUCCCCGGCAAAGACGGUCUGAGGAAGAUGGAGUGCAUCGGGCCAUUGCUCAGCAUUUAUUCCGCCCACACGCUGAUGAUGCAGCGGCUGCAGGAGGUCGAGCAGACGCCACCGCCGGCCAGGAGUCUGCCAAGCUGUCUUGGUGCAGAGAGCAUGGAGCAGGGCAAUAUGGGCAACCGAAUUCAUCCAGGAGACCUGAAAGAGCAGAGCCCCAUCGAAGCUGGAGUGGACACCGCGGCGAAGCGAAGGAUGGCUAUCCGAGCGAUACUCGGACGGAGCGUCAAAAGGAGGCAGCUGGUCGUGCCGACUGCGGCGAGAGAAAAGGAGGCUCCAGUGCAGACAGAGGUGUCUCCACCACCGGAUGCUGGUGACGAGCUGGGCGAGCUGGAGGCACUAGAGCAUGAAGCAAAUGAAGCUGCAGGCGCUUCAGGUCUCUUGACCGAGCCUGCUGCUCCGGAAGAGACUAAGCUUCCGUUGGCUCCAGAGGUAGCGGCAGCGGAACCUCCAGUAGCAGAAGGCAGCGAGCUGGCGACAGAAGCAGAGACAGCAGAGUUGCCGUCUGCAGGGCCGGAGUCGGGCGCAGCGGCGACCGAAACUGAAGUGACUCCUCCAGUGGCUGCAGAUCCGAGUGCAGAAUCAACUAGCCAGAGUGUGACAGCUCCGCCUGCGGCAAGUGGCAACUCGGCCCAAGCCGUGAGCAUGGAUGAAACAGCGGCAACCACUGCAGAAGCAGAUAAAGAACCAACAGCUGCUGUGGCCGAUCUGACGAUGCCGGAAACAGCGGCUGAAACAUCGCUGGCUGAACCGACGAGACAAGAAGAGGCAGCAGAGCCUCCUGGCACAGCACUGGCUGAAUCGACGAUGCCAGAGGCGGGAGCAGCGACAGCUGAAGCCGCUGUGGCUGAAUCGACGAUGCCAGAGGUAAGACAAGAAAGCGCCGAAGCAGCCACGGCUGAACCGACUCUGCCAGAAGCAGCCGAGGAAACAGCAGCUGAACAAUCGAUGAUGCCAGAAGCAGCUGCUGAACCAGCUCCGGCAGAAUCGACGAUGCGCGAAGCCACAGACCCACCAGAGUUUGGAGCACCCUCGUCUCCGAGCGGUGUUGCAUCUGCUGCACCAUCCACUCCUAACAGUGGGAGUGGGGAGCCAAAGCCGACAAAGGCUGAACAGCGAGCCAAACAUGCUCCCUCAAGAGGAGCGCCCUCGCCCUCCCAGCUGCAAAGAGCCGGCAGUGCACCACCAGCUCGAGGCUAUCAAGUAGCACAGGCGUACAAACACUCCAUCGAUCUGCCCCCUCGGUGGAGCAUGCGCCCCAAAACACAAUUUGGCUCACCUUUCAAGUCAUCAAAGCAGGCAGACGAAGGUGGCAUGGCACCUGACAUGAGCUCCAAAUACAACGAGAUCAGGCCGCGAGCACCAGCCUACAGCAUGAUUCCCAGAAGCUCUGGAAUCACCAAGACGUCCGACCAGCCGGGACCCGGCGAGUAUGCGCAGCCCAGCACGCUGUACGGUUCGCACCCGCAGUUGCCAGUCCCAGGACGGAUAUGCAAGUCCACCCAGCGGCGGACAGGCCCCACAGAUCAGUUGGGGGAGAUGAAGAACAACCCGAGCCCGCACGACUAUGACACCAUGUGCUCCGGGCCGGACAAAGGUCACAAGUUUGGCCGUGUGGAUCAGGCAUCUGCGCCUAAGUUCACCAUGCGCCCAAAAGUUGCCUUCGGCUCGCAGUUCAAAAGUGCCAAGCAGGCAGAAGAAGGUGGCAUGUCGGGGGAUAUGAGCUCCAAAUACAACGAGAUCAGGCCGCGAGCACCAGCCUACAGCAUGAUUCCCAGAAGCUCUGGAAUCACCAAGACGUCAGACCAGCCGGGACCGGGACAGUACUUGUUGCCAAGCACGCUGUACGGAAGCCACCCUCAGUUGAAAGUGCCUGGCCGCGUGGCCAAGACGACAUCAGACAGGUUUCCGCCUCCCAAGGAGGACAACACACCUCUCUGA